UGUAGCUUUGAGUGGCCGACACUGCAGAGGAAGAGGAACAACGCAACCUACGGUGUGAGCUGGUGUCCAUUUUAUUUACACCGGUGAGGUUGCUUUGAUAUCUGUCUGUCGGGUUUUACAGAAGUACAUAAGAUAAAAAGAAAUUUUCAGAUAUGAGCAGUUCAGAGGAAGUGUCAUGGAUCUCCUGGUUCUGUGGACUGAGGGGGAAUGAAUUUUUCUGUGAGGUGGACGAGGACUACAUCCAGGACAAGUUCAAUCUGACGGGGCUCAAUGAGCAAGUUCCACACUAUCGGCAGGCCCUGGACAUGAUCCUUGACCUUGAACCAGACGAGGAGCUAGAGGACAAUCCCAACCAGAGCGACCUGAUCGAACAGGCAGCAGAGAUGCUGUACGGUCUCAUCCACGCCAGAUACAUCCUCACUAACAGAGGCAUCGCACAGAUGUUGGAGAAGUACCAGCAGGGAGACUUUGGCUACUGCCCCCGCGUUUAUUGUGAGAAUCAGCCCAUGCUUCCCAUUGGUCUGUCAGAUAUCCCCGGUGAGGCCAUGGUGAAGCUCUACUGCCCCAAAUGCAUGGACGUCUACACACCGAAAUCCUCCCGACACCACCACACAGACGGAGCCUACUUUGGCACCGGCUUCCCUCACAUGCUGUUCAUGGUCCACCCCGAGUACAGGCCGAAGAGGCCCGCCAACCAGUUUGUCCCCAGACUUUAUGGGUUUAAAAUCCACCCCAUGGCGUAUCAGCUGCAGCUGCAGGCCGCGUCCAGCUUCAAGAGCCCCGUGAAGGCCAUCCGCUAGACACCCGGGAGACGAGAGAAGGCAGUAUGACAGAGAGGGGAGAGAGGAAAGGAAAUGAAAUGUCCAAAAGAGCAGGAAGUCACCUGCCUUUUAAAGCUCUUCAGAAACCCCCGCCAGCCCCUGCCCCCACCACCCUGAAGACUGUAUUAUUUUUGGUUUAGAUUAGGGUCAAUGAAAACAGAGCAAAACGUUUUGAUUGUGAGUGAGAAAAUAUAUGAUAUGAUUAAAAAAACAAAACAAAAAAAAUAAAACGCACAGACAUGAAAGAAUCAACCACACACUCGGGAUUCCAUCCACGUACGUUACCAAACUCAGCAGUGCCAUAAUACAGCAGGUGAAUAAAGGUGUCUGAUGGUACAGUCACCUCUGUGUUUUUUUUAUGUUUUUGGCAAAGUUUGGUAAAAAAAAAAAAAAGGUCCUAAAACUCCAGUUUGUGUUCGUCCCAGAGCAUGUUCACUCAGGCGGUCAGUCCCACAGACAGUUGUGACGAGGUGUUCUUCUUCAUUAGUCGUUGGUAAACGUAGGUUCUUUUCCCCCCUGACAGCGGGCGGUGGUGGAGCACACAGCAUUCUGUUAACUUUGCCUUAAGGUGCGGAAGAAUACGCCACCAUCGUUUGAUUUUUUUUUUUUCCUGGAGAAACAAAGUGAUUUGGUUUUGUUGGAGUAGAAAUGGUAGUCCUUUUUUUUCUUUCUUUCUCAGAACACAUCAGCCUGUGUUGAUCCUGAAAUGUGGGAAAUAAACUGCCCUUCCUUUGUUUUCCAGGAGCAGCAGCAGGAUGAGCCCUCUUUUAAAGCUUUAUCUUCAGCAAAACAGUUUGACAUUAGAAGAAUGAGUCACUUAAUGAGAGCAGUUGGAUGUAAAGACUGAAUUAAUUUCAAACCCUACGGUAAAUAUGAAGCCACAUCAAGAAGAGGUCAGUUAAUGUCACUUCUGUCUUGCUGUAGUUUCAUAUUUUAGAUGGUUAUAAUUGGUUUGAGUCUUUACAGCAACAUCUCCAAAAACAUGCUGACAAAUUUUUCAAAUGUCAAACUGUCCACGUCAAAGGUCCGUCAGGAGACAACUAGAUGAAUUUUAGACAAUCUGAAUCCUUCAGCUCACUCUUACACUGCACUGAUUCGUCCUCCUGGUGUCGCUCUGUGUCAGUCUCAUUAUUUAUGUUCACGUUUCCUCACAGAUCACGACCAGCUGCUAGUUUUUGUUUCUGAAACAGUGGAGGGUGCAGGCACUCAGUUGCUCUGCGCUUCACUGUUGUUUAAAAUUAUUGUUAGUUUUUUGUCAGAAACCCUGAUACAACAGAAGAUUUAUUUAUGUUUUCAAAUGUUAACUAAUGUUUUCUUUGUGAUGUCUGUUGGUGAGCAGGAUUCAGAAUUCUCAAUAAACUUCUAUUUUGUUUUCAUACUA